AUGGCCAUUCCCCGCCGUCCCAAGUGGGACGAAGCCCGCUCUCCCGAGGAACAGGACCGUUUAGAGCGUGAAGAGUUCCUGAACUGGCGUCGCAACGUGGCGAAACACGUCGAGCACGAAACAGGCGCAGUGGCUCCGUUUGAGAAGAACUUGGAGGUGUGGCGUCAAUUGUGGCGUGUGGUGGAGCGAAGCGAUCUGUUGGUGCAGAUCGUGGAUAGUCGCAACCCCCUGCUGUUCCACUGCCCCGAUGUGGACGUGUACGUGAAGGAAGUGCAUCCGUGCAAGCAAACGGUGCUGAUCGUGAACAAGGCGGAUCUGAUUCCGGAGUACGCGCGUGUGCAGUGGGGCCGGUACUUUGACUCGAUCAAUCUGCCGUUUGUGUUCUUCUCGGCGAAGGCCUCGUCGCACGUGAUCGAUCAGGAGUUGGAGAGGAAGGAGAAGGAGGAGCAGGAGCAGCAAAACCGGGAAACGAACGAGGAGGAAGAGGGAAAAGAAAAGGAGAAGGAAAAGGAAGAGGAAGAGGAGGAGGACAAAAAGCCGGUUUGGCGAAGCCGAAACGCCUUCGCUGGACUGGAUUUCGAUGAUUCUUCCGAGGAUGAAACUGAGGAAGAAGAAGAGGUAAAAGAAGAAGAAUCCGCAGAGCCGAUCGCUCAAGCCCAGUCCCAACCCUCCGCUGAGCCCUCCACACAACCCUCCGCUGAGCCCUCCAUUGCCUCCGAUAUCCGAAACUACGCCACAGAAGACAUCCUCGAGCCCUCCACAGAACCCUCCACAGAACCCUCCACAGAACCCUCCGCUGAGCCCACAGCGUCGGAUCUCUUCUCGCAGGCGGACGCAUCGGAGCUGGCCUCUCUGCACUGCACCGCGGACGAGCAGCGUCGCUACCGCAUCCACUCGCGCGCCGAAGUGCUCGCCUACCUGGAGGCGAAGACGCACGAGGCCUUCGAGGCCGUGCAGGCCUACGACCGCGCCCAUCCCAGCAGCACCGCGAGCCCCGACUUCGCCGAUCGCCGCGCCGUCGUGGGCAUGCUGGGCUUCCCCAACGUCGGCAAGUCCUCCCUCAUCAACGUGCUUCUGGGCGUGUCGGCGACCUCGCACGGCGCGGUGCGCGUGGCGGUGGGCGCGACGCCGGGCAAGACGAAGCACCUGCAGACCGUGGUGCUGUCGGACUCGCUGCUGCUGUGCGACUGCCCGGGUCUGGUGUUCCCCGUGUUCAUGAACACCAAGGCCGAUCUGCUCUUCAACGGCGUGCUCCCCGCGAGUAACAUGCGCGACUACAUCAGCCCCGUCCGGCUCGUCUGCCAGCGCGUGGCGCGCGAGGAAUUGGAGCGCGUCUAUCACAUCAAGCUGAUCCGCCAUCCGCUCGACCCGCCCAACGCCGUGCCGCACCCGCGCCAGCUCCUCGCGGAGGUGUGUACGCAGCGAGGAUACAUGGCGUCGAACCACAGCGGCGUGAACGAGCCGCGCGGAGCGAUCGUGAUUCUGAAGGACGUGCUGAACGGAGUGCUGCGAUGGUGGAUUCCGCCGCCCAGUUUGGGGGUCAUUCCGCAGAACCCAAUCGCGUCCUUUACGGAGCACGCGGAGGCGAUGGACCCCAAUGAGAUGAGCACGGAGAUGAUCGCCGAAUUGCCGAUGAAGGAGGAGAAUGGAGGCAGACACAAGCCGAGGGUCCGAAAUGUGAAGGAACGCAGCGGGAAGAAGAACCAUAAGAAUAAGGGAAAGCAACAGAUGGGCGCUGCGCAGUACAACGCGUUGGGAGCGUCUCAGUAUAUUUGGAACUGUUUGAUAUAA